CCUCAAUUUCGAAUCAAGAUUUGUUUUUGUCCAUAAAUUUAGUGAAUCGGUUUAAUUGAACAUUGUUUAAUUGGUUUUUCGGCGUAUUUCAUGGAGUAUUUGAGUGAAAACAUGCAGGCAAUGGCAAAUAACUUCAAUUGGGAUGAUAUUGAAGUGGGAAAUCACGCAUUAAACCAUUCUCAAAAAUUCUUCGCAAUAAAACAUAUAAAACACGAACGUCUGGACGAAUCGGAAGAAGGAAUGGAUUUACUAAAAGAAAUAGACGCAAUUACAUUAGAUGAUACAUUUACUUCCAAUGCGGAUAAAGAAAAUGUAAAUAAUACAAAUACAUCUAUAUUCGACACAAAAUCUCCAUUAAAAGAAAUACAACAUGCAAUCCUAAAUGAAGGCAAUGAACCUGAUGCACAAAUCACUGUUGACAAAUUGUGUCAGGAACAAAAAGAAAUCGAAAGUAUUGUCCAAAGUGGAUCGCCCAACAAUUCUUUAAAAGAAAUGAAGUCGCAACCCGCAAAUACAUUGAUUCUUUCAGAGUCUUUAAUUGCAAGGAAUAAAGCACGAAUAAACCCAAGUGCAAAUAAAAAGACACUUGCGGAAUCCAAUAUAAGCGAUAAUGAGCCAACGUUAACAAAAACUGUAAAACUCUCAGAAUCGUUAAUUGUACGAAAUAAAGCACGCAUUAACCCUGGUGUGAAAAAAGAGAAGGUUGCCAAUCCUACGACAUCAACAACUGUUAGCACUGUGUCCGCGGGCACAAUUGCAAAACCAGUCACAGCAUCUGCACCCACUGCUCCUCACGCCUAUCACUGCAACGAACUUUAUAAACGCAGAAAAGAGGAGCAAUUACAAAAGUAUUUAGAUGAAGAGCGCAAAAAGAGAGAAUUUCAUAGUAGACCAGUACCUAAUUUCAAUGCAUGCCACAAAUCUUUGCAACAGCGGAAAGUUCUCCAUGCGGUGACAGUGCCAGUAACACCACAGGUUUUAAAAAAAUCUCGAGAAACUGAACAGAAAAGAAAACAAAAGUUAGAAGACAUUAAGCAAAUACAUCCACCGAAAUUCGAACCUCGGCCUCCAACGAUAUUGCAUGAGGAGCCCUUUGUACCAAAAAAGACGCAAACCGUAUUGGUUCCAUGCCCAUUUAAUCUUCAUUCCGAACGUCGAUUACAGGAGCGAAAGCAAUACGAUGCAACCGUUCAGCGGGCUAUGGAGCAGAAACAGAAACAGGUAGAAAUUGAGGAGGAAGAACGUAAGCGACGUGAGGAACAACGCAUCAAGGAGUUGCGAAAGCUCACCACGUUCAAAGCACGACCAAAUCCUUUUAAGUAGACUCUUCUAAAACACCAAUAAUGCAUAGUAACAAAUAUGAUUUAAACACGCCACACAAUAGUAUAUAGCAACAUAAAAUCAAUUUAUACAGCAAUAAAAUGAGAACGAUGCAUACUUAAUUAACACUUUCAACAAAAUAAUAAGAACUAUAAAUAAUAUAAAAUAACGGAAAAUAUGUAUGAAAACACCAUUUUUAUAUAUGGAAAUGAAAUAACGUAACGUUUUAUUAUCAUUAUUACUACAAUUAUUAUAUUAGCCUUUUUUCUUACUUGUAAUAAUUUUUGGGAAUACACAUACCAUACAUACACAGAUACAUAUUCAUAUGCAUAUUAAUAGCGACAUACGAUAAUUAACAAAAUGUUAUAUUAUAAAUAAGAAAUAUUUAAAUAAUUAAACACCUACAUUUUACCACAAUAAUAAAGCAAAUGUUAAAAUAAGACACAACCCAACAUUUAUGAAACAUAUGAAUGUACAUACAUACAUAAAACAGCAAAGAAUUGCUAUAAAAAAAAAGUUGCCUGUUGUUAGACGUGCAGAAGUGAAGAAGCGAUUACAAUAGCUACAUUUACAACAUACACCGCGUAAAUAUGUAUGUAUAUUGUGCCUACAUGCUGACGGUAAAAAAAGUAAAUUUCAAUUUUCCACUCAAGUUAUGCAAAUUAUCAAUUUGAGUGUAAAAAAUAUCAGAUUGUUAAAUUUUGAUAUUAAAUCCUUAACUAUAAGUAAAUUUUAUUAUUUCAAUUUAU